GGUAUCGCGGUGUCUGCGCCGACAUUUCGUGCAGCAGCGGCAGCCUACAGAGAGAAGAGGGAGAAGAAAAGAGCUCCGUUCAUGAGUUAAAUCUCAGUGUGUUUGUUGACAAAUAUCUCGGUUGUAGGGCUGUUGUUUAGCAGUCAGUAUGGCGGUAGUCAUCAGGCUGCAGGGCCUGCCCAUAGUGGCCGGCACCAUGGACAUCAGACACUUCUUCUCUGGCCUUACCAUCCCUGACGGGGGAGUGCACAUCGUGGGGGGUGAGCAUGGCGAAGCCUUCAUUGUCUUUGCCACUGAUGAGGAUGCUCGUCUGGGGAUGAUGCGUACAGGCGGGUCCAUUAAAGGCUCCAAGGUGUCACUGUUGCUUAGCAGCAAGACAGAGAUGCAGAACAUGAUUGAACUCAGCCGCCGCAGGUUUGAGGCUGGGGCAGGUGCUGUGGAGACGGCUGCAACUACAGCAGGAAAUGCCAACCGACAAGCAGGCUCCACCCCUAUACCCACAGUGCAGCCAGGGUCAGGGGGGAGAAGCAGUAGCCAUGGAAACCAGGGUUUUGGUAACACCCCAGCCUCAGUGACGGUAGCAAGCUCAUCUCAGGAGCCACCGAGCAACAAGACGGUGGCCAGUGUGGUACCCAGCUUCCCCAACAGCUACAGCUCUGCCCCCACCAUCACCACAGCUCUGGCAUCACUCAAUGCAGGUCCACCCAUCCCUCCACUCCCCAGCAUGCCUUCAAUGCCCCCCAUGCCCACGCUGCCCACAAUUCCUGUUCCUCCGCCAGUGUCCUCCCUUCCCCCUGUACCUACUGUCUCCCCGCUGUCCCAAGGUCCUCCAGUGCCUCCUAUGUCCCACCUCCCCCACAUGUCCUCCCUGCCUCCCUUCAACCCCUCCCUACCUCCCCCAGGAGGACUUGGUUCUGGCCUCCCUCUUGGAACACCCAACCCCAUGCUAUUUAACCCUCUUUCCCCUCUGGCCUCUCUCGGCCUCCAGGCCCAUAUGAAGGCUGCUGCAGCUGCAGCUGCCGGAGCUGGAGUGGCCAGUCCUGAUGAAUUGUUUGUCCUUCUACAGAACCUCCCAUUCUCCUGCUCAGAGAUGGAGGUUAGGGAGUUUUUCAGGGGUUUGGGGGUGGAAGGGGCUCGCCUGCUGAGGGACGGGCAGGGUCGGCCAACUGGCAGGGCUGUGGUCAAGUUUUUCUCACCCCAGGACAGCUUCGAAGCUGUGAAGCGGGGAGGCGGCAUGAUGGGCCAAAGAUUCAUUGAAAUCACUCCGAGCUCUGAGCGGCAGUGGGCCAGCAUAAAUGACAGCAUGAUAGGCCAUACUCACAAUAGCAGCAAAUCAAAUAACAGCAAUGAGUCACAGGACCAGCACCACCGCCGUGGUAACACUGGAGCAGGAGGCAGAGAUCAGCGAGGAAGGUCACGAUCUCCCCAUAGGCAAGAAUUCUGCGUCUACUUGAAGGGCCUUCCCUACGAGGCAGACAAGAAACAGAUAAAGGAGUUCUUUAACAAUCUGGCCAUCAUGGAGGACAGCAUCUACAUUGCCUAUGGGCCCAAUGGGCGAGCCACAGGUGAGGGCUUCCUUGAGUUCAAAACAGAACAGGACUACAAGACCGCUCUGGGUGCUCACAUGCAGUACAUGGGUUCCCGCUUCAUCCAGGUCCACCCAAUCAGCCGGAAGGGAAUGCAUGAAAAGAUAGACACUAUUCGCAAACGUGAAGCGUCACAGGGUGAUGGUAAGAACCAGGAUGGCUUGAAAGUUCCCAGGAACUGUGCCCACAUCACCAACAUCCCUUACAACGUCUCCAAGAAGGAUGUCCGUGCCUUUCUGGAGGGUGUGGGGCUUUACGAGGACACCCUGAAAGUUCUGACAGAUAGCCAUGGCAAUGGUUUAGGGCAAGCUAUCUUCCAAUUGAGGACCGAGGAAGAUGCCCGCAAAGCUGAAAGACUGCAUCGCCAAAAACUCAAUGGCCGCGAUGCCUUUGUCCACCUGGUCACCUUUGAGCAAAUGAAGGAAAUUGAAAGGAAUCCUCCUCCCCAGAACAAGAGGGGCCAGCGCAACCUGAACCAGCAGAACCAAAAUCAGAACCAGCACCAGCACCAGCACCAGCAAGUCCAGCCCAGUCCCCAGCAACCCCAGAUCAACCCAUUUGCAGGGAUUAGUGGGGAGGAGUUUAACUUUCUCAGAAAUACCAUGGGGAACCUCAACAGUGCCCCCUUUGUAACUCCAUUCUCAGCACCAGGGAAUGGACUGGCAGGCCCUCCUCCUCUCCCUCCUCUGGCAGCAGGGCUGGGGGACGUGAAUCUGGGCGUAGCUCCUCCACUAGUUGCCGGACUUCCUGGAGCUCCAAUCCUAGAGCCUCCAGGCUUUCGACCCGGGGCUGCAGGAGGAGCUCCGUUCAGCCAGGAUGGGCUGAGAGGGUUGGUGCCCUUUGACAAUGCCAACAGAAAAGGAGGCGGAGGAGGACAGACCAGAGGAGGGGGUAACAGCAAUCAAGGACGUCAAGGUGGCGGGGUUACAGGUGGACAGCAGGUGUUUACUCCAGGAGCUGAUGGUCUCCGUAACCAACCGGCCCCUGGAGGAUCUAACAAUCCCAACAGUCAACGUGGUGCUGGUGGCCCGACAAUUGUAAAGCUUCAGAACAUGCCGUUUACUGUAACCGUUGAUGAAAUCAUGGACUUCUUCUAUGGGUACCAGGUGCUGCCAGGCUCAGUCUGCCUGCAGUUCAGUGAGAAGGGCCUCCCAACUGGUGAGGCAAUGGUAGCCUUCCAGAACCCCGAGGAGGCCACUGCCGCUGUCAUGGACCUCAAUGACCGACCUAUUGGAGCACGCAAGGUUAAGAUAAGCCUGGGUUAAAGCCCUGCCCAAAACAGUCUGACUCUAGAGAAAACAAGUUACACCAACCUGGAUCAACUAUCCAGGUGAAACAAAGCCAAUACAAACCACCCCAAUUCUGGAUUCAAAUUUUACAGACCAGCCUAGUAUAGACCUUGCCCCUCUGCUGACUGUCAGUCAUUACUAAAGCUCCUCCCCCUGUGUGUAGAUAAUGGCAGGUAAACCCUGCCCCCUUGCAGUCUGUCCAGUAGGAAGACUACGAUCCAGACUUUGCCCUUUUCUGCAGCUUCUCCACUGACUGUGGUGACAUGAACUGAUGAUGAUGGUUAUUAUAAUGAUGAUGAUGAUGAUGAUGAUGGCAGGAUUUUGGUCCUUUUUGUGUUUCCAAUGCAUCUCUUUGUCAUGUCCGAAGUCGACAUACUGAACAUACACACCUGUUUUGUUGUUAUGGUAAGAUCAUGAAUAUAAUGGGGCAGACAAACAUUGUUGCUAUAUGCGCUCAAUUAUGCUGUGCUGCUGUGGUUUACACUGUACAUGCUCUGUUGCUAUGGUAAUAUCUUUACAUGCUCUGUUGCUGUCGUAAAAUGAUGAUGAAAAGCCACAGUAUGUUGCUAUGAUAAAAUGUUUAUGCUUUGUUGCUAUGGUAAAAUGUGGUGCCAUGGUAAAAUCUUUACAUGCCCUGUUGCUAUGGUAAAAUGUGGUGCCAUGGUAAAAUCUUUACAUGCCCUGUUGCUAUGGUAAAAUCUUUUCAUCCUGUGUUGCUACAUUAAAAUGCUCACAUGCUCUGUUGCUAUGGUAAAACAUGCUGUAGAUGAAAAGCUUUCCUACCACAGUUAAGUGACGGUGCUCUUUUGCUAUGGUAAAGUCUUUACAUUUUCUGUCGCUAUGGUAAAAUGGUGAUAAAAAGCUAUGUUGCCAUGAUCAAAUGUUUGUGCUCUGUUGCUAUGGUGAAAUGUUGACAUGCCCUGUUGCUAUGGUAAAAAAAUAUACUGACAUCAAGUUUUAUUGCCCUUGUUAAAGACUGACACUCUGAUGCUAUGGUUAAAUCUUGACAACUCUGAGCUGCGACCCUGCUCUGUUGCUAUGUAGAGGAUUUGGGAUGCACACAUUGCUGACUCAUGUUUUAUUUUGUAAAUAGUGAUUUGUGGUCGCUGAAUCUUUUUCCCUCUGUCACAAAUGUUGCAGUGUUUGAACCAUGCCAACCCCACCCCCUCCCUUUCUGCAGCACAUGCUCAAUAGGUGUUUAGAAUGUGGAGCGAGAUGAAGUCUGUAGCAUUUUUAGUGUGGUAGCUUUUUGUUGAAUGUAUGUUUGAUAAUGUUUUUGGAUGUUUCCAAGUCAAAGCUCAUUUUUUGUUUCUAUUGUCAGUGUGAACAAACUUGUAUGAACGUAUAACCAUACAUGAUGUGGAGUCUCCUUUGCUUUAGCUAAUAAAAGGACGUUCCUGAUGCUCACCUGCGA